UUUCGCAAAUGCCACGUCGGCGAUUAGCAUAUUCCUGGAUCAUUUUGAUUUCGGAUUUUUCCCGCUCAUCCCAGCGCUAUAUAAAGGACCCUUCCGCUGAAGAACGUCGCAAAGAGAAUGGCGUCUUAUAGGGUUUCCUGGGUUGCGCUUGUGCUGCUCUUCUCCUUCGCUUGGCGCUGCAUUGGGAGCGCUAACGAUUGCGGCGGGAGCUGCAACACUUCGGUCGAUUUGUGCCAGACGCGCACCGACACUUCCGACGAGAGCGAUGGCGCUGGUAAGUCGCGCGAUGACAAGAAAUAUCUCGUAAUCUUUCGUCCAGGAGGUGUAGAUCAUGCGUCCUCUCGUGUGAAUCUUCUGAUUCCUCGUCUCGAUCUGACGCCUUUGCAUCGUGUAGAUUCUCCUCUAGCCUCUUCUGGAUCAAGUGAUGCGCAUGCGUCGUCUUCUGGACCUAGCUCCAGCUCCGAUGGAGGUAUGAUGAUCGAUUGCUCGCUUAUGCUUUUUACGGUGGAAGGAAAUCAAGGAGCCGAGUCCGUGGAUUCACCAGCUUCUAGCGAGGUUGCAAGAGCUACCAUCGAUGGAGAAACUAUCGUUCCUGUCGAGUCUAAGCCAUGCAAUGAUGUAAACACAGUGGAAGAUUCUGAUGCGUCCAGAACUAUCGAUCCACCCGAGAGUACUGCGAGCAAUGAUGUAAACACAGUGGAAGACUCUGGUGCGUCCAGAACUAUCAAUCCAGCCGAGACUACUGCGAGCAAUGAUGUAAACACAGUGGAAGACUCUGAUGCGUCCAGAACUAUCAAACCAGCCGAGACUACUGCGAGCAAUGAUGUAAACACAGUGGAAGACUCUGGUGCGUCCAGAACUAUCGAUCCACCCGAGACUACUGCGAGCAAUGAUGUAAACACAGUGGAAGACUCUGGUGCGUCCAGAACCGAGACUACUGCGAACAAUGUUGCAGAUAUAAACAGGGUGGAAGAGUCAUCUUUGUCCGAACAAGCACGCCAAGGAAGUAUCGAUCCUGCCGAGGCUACUGCGAACAAUGAUAUAAACAACGAGGAAGACUCUGGUGCGUCCCAAGACACAGAGGCUACAGAUGCAGGCACGCGACUUGUCAUACAAGACGUAGUGGACGUGAUCAGACGCACCUGGUUUCGGAGAAACGAUGACGGAGAACUCUGCUGCCUUGAUUCGCCUCAGCACGUCCUAGAGUUCCUAGAGUUCCUGCAAAGCCUCAUCCCUCAAAACCUGCAAGAGUAGAGUUUUCAUAUUUGGGCAUAGCUCCGCAUGCAUCUUCCUGAUUCUUUAAAAAUUCUGUAUAUUGAGAUUUUCUAAAAGUAAAAGCUCUGUCUACAGUGUG